UGUGUGUGUGUGUGUGUGUAGAUGUACAGCCAGCACCCGGACCAGUACGAGGCUCCCGAUAAGGACUUCAUGAUCGUGGCGCUGGACCUGCUCAGCGGAUUGGCCGAAGGGCUGGGGUCACACGUCGAGCAGCUGGUUGCCCGUAGCAACAUCAUGACGCUGCUCUUCCAGUGCAUGCAGGACACUAUGCCUGAGGUCAGACAGAGCUCUUUCGCAUUGCUGGGGGAUUUGACCAAAGCCUGCUUCCCCCAUGUCAAACCCUGCAUUGCUGAGUUCAUGCCUAUUCUGGGCCUCAAUCUGAACCCAGAGUUCAUCUCUGUGUGCAACAACGCAACCUGGGCCAUUGGAGAGAUUGCCAUGCAGAUGGGAGCGGAAAUGCAGCCCUAUGUGGCACUGGUCCUCAAUAGCCUGGUGGAGAUCAUCAACAGACCAAACACCCCCAAAACCCUAUUGGAGAAUACAGCGAUCACGAUUGGCCGGUUGGGCUACGUGUGUCCACAGGAGGUUGCCCCCGUGCUGCCACAGUUCAUCCAGCCCUGGUGCUCGUCUUUGAGGAAUAUCCGUGACAACGAGGAGAAGGACUCUGCAUUCCGAGGAAUCUGCAUGAUGAUCGGCGUCAAUCCAGGCGGUGUGGUCCAGGACUUCAUCUUCUUCUGUGAUGCCGUGGCGUCAUGGGUCAGUCCAAAGGAUGAUUUGAGAGACAUGUUCUAUAAGAUUCUGCACGGGUUCAAGGAUCAAGUCGGGGAGGAAAAUUGGCAGCAUUUUUCGGAGCAGUUUCCAGCACUACUGAAGGAACGCCUGUCGACCUGCUACGGCGUCUAACACACACACACACACUCCAGACACACAAGGCAUGCCUGAGCGGUCCGCUUGCAGGAGGAUGGCAAGGAACUCAUCCAUGUCUGUACUGAACUUCCCUGAUAGUGGGGGAGAGGUGUUGCAACACACACAUGUACACGC